AGCAUCAAGGAGAAGAAGGAGUGAGGCCACUAAGCACAAGAAGAAGAAGAAGAAGAAGAAGAAGAAGAAGAAGAAGAAGGAGAAGGAUGAUGAUGAUGGAGUGGAGGGAAUGGUACUUGGACGCAGUUUUGGUGCCUCUGUCUCUAACGAUGAUGUUUUGUUAUCACAUCUUCUUGUGGCACAAGGCUCGAACCAAUCCCUUCUCCACCGUCGUCGGCACCAAUUCUCGUGGCCGCCAUUUUUGGGUCGCCUCCAUUAUGAAGGACAACGACAAGAAGAACAUAUUGGCAGUACAAACACUACGUAACACAAUCAUGGGAGCUACGUUAAUGGCGACCACGUGUAUACUCCUAAGCGCAGGCCUGGCUGCUGUCAUAAGCAGCACGUACAGUAUAAAGAAGCCCCUAAACGACCACGUCUUCGGAGCUCACGGGGACUUAACGGUGGCCGUUAAGUACGUCACCAUCCUCACCAUCUUCCUCUUCUCCUUCUUCUCUCACUCUCUCUCCAUCCGUUUCAUCAACCAAGUCAACAUCCUCAUCAACUCUCCUCAUCAUCACCAAGACCCGUCUUCCGACAACUUCAUCACUCCCGAGUACGUGUCCGAGCUCCUGGAGAAGGGUUUCUUGCUCAACACGGUAGGUAACAGGCUAUUCUACAUGGGCAUGCCCCUCAUGCUUUGGAUCUUCGGACCAGUUCUCGUCUUCUUGAGCUCUUCAGCAAUGGUUCCUGUUCUUUAUAACCUCGAUUUCGUGUUCCGGAACAAGCCCAAGGGGAAGGUUGAUUGUCAUGGAGGAUCACCAUGAUAAUACAUAUAUAUAUGUAUGUAUGUUUCUGAUCAUUUGUGCUUUUAGUUUGUUGUUUCUGUUCUGUGUAUGAAGAGAUAGUUCUUGUGUGUGCGGUCUCUCACCUUCUUAAUUUAUCAAAACAAAAAAGAGCUGUCUGAAAGAAUAACUAGAUUUCAUUUGAGAAAGUCUGCCACCGUUGAUUAGUGGCUUUCCAAAUCUUCUCGGUGACGUCGGUCCAAAAUGUGUUUGUAUUGAUCUCGGAAUCAAUUAGAAA